AUUAAAAGUGUUUAAUUACUUAGUUAUUACUGAUGUGUACUAAUUUAACAUAUUGAAAUGAAAGUUAGUUCUAUUUGUCGUUUUACAUUGGCUUUCAAAAUGUCGCGAUUUUCUAGAUUUUCUGUAUAAGAGCAAUGACAGUGGCGAGCCUAAUGCUUGUCAUGCCUUGCCACAUCAGUUCCCAACCAAAGUUGCCUUGCGUGGCUUCUCCGUUCCACUUUGUGUUUCGUUCCAUAUAUGAUAAUGAUGAAAUUUAUACUUACACAGGAAACAUACUGAUUGCUGUGAAUCCUUUUAAAAGAUUACCUGAAUUGUAUGGCAAAUGUGUCAUGGAAAAGUAUAGAGGAACUGCACUUGGGGAGUUGAGUCCUCACCCUUUUGCUAUUGCUGAUGCUGCUUACAGGCAAGCUGUGAUGCAAGGUUUUGUAUGUCUACUCGUGUGCAAUUAUUUCCAUGCUUUCCAUAAAGCUGCUCUUAUGGAUGCAGACAGAUGAUUAAUGACGGGAUCAGCCAGUCAAUUUUGGUUAGUGGAGAAAGUGGAGCUGGCAAGUCAGAAAGCACAAAGAUGCUAAUGAAUUAUCUUGCAUAUAUGGGGGGCAGAGCAGCAUAUGAGGGACGGAGCGUGGAGCAACAAGUCCUUGAGUCAAAUCCGGUUCUUGAAGCAUUUGG